AGCACAAGAGAAGAAGCUUAACAAGGAGAUUUUGACAAAUGAGAUCUUUAAAAACAAGUUCCUCCCUCUUUGCUCCACCAUCCCCAAGACCCCCUUCAAGGCAAGCGUGGACUGGUUGGCAUCUGCCUGUGCAAAAGAGUAUUUGGAUCACCUCCCCUUCCUCUUAUCUUUCUAUUGCUGAUUGUCAAUGGAGGAAAAAAAAAACCCGGUAAGGGGGAAACUUGUGCAGUUUACUUUUGUUCUGAGAAAAUGCAAGUUGGACGUGAUCCAAGGACUGCCCAUCAAUAAGUUUUUUACCUGUCUUGAACACCAGAACAAGAAAACAAGGGAAAUGAAAACCUUCAGUUGUGUUUCCAAAAUGAGUUCUUUCCUGUUUAUCACUUUCUUAGUUGUUCUACCUAUUAUCAAUGGCAAUCCAAUGCAGCUGACAUUGCUUGGACCACGUCACCCAGUCACUGCCUCUCUGAGGGAGACUAUUGUGCUUCACUGUCAUCUGUCACCCAGAACAAAUGUCCAGAAUAUGGAGAUUGCUUGGUUCCGCUCCCAAAAUUCUUCAUAUAUACACCUUUAUCACAGUGGCAAAGAUCAUCUGGAACAGCAGCAGCUGGAAUAUCAAGGAAGAACAGAAUUUUUAAAAGAUGGCAUUGGGGAUGGAAAGAUUGGGCUGAAAAUUUUUAAUAUUAGCCUGUUUGAUGAGGGACACUACCACUGCUCUAUUAAGAAUGGGAGUUUCCAACAGGAAGCCACAUUAGAUAUGAAAGUGACUGCAUUAGGGCCUGGUCCUCUCCUUUCCAUUGAAGGUUAUCAGGACGGAGGGAUCCGAGUGGUUUGUCGUUCCAGUGGCUGGUAUCCAAAGCCCGAGGUCCUUUGGAGAGAGCUCAAUGGGAGGCUUCUGUCUUCGUUGGCAAAAAAAGAUUCACAAAGAAAUGAUGGGACAUUCGAUGUACAAGCCGACAUCGUUCUAAAAGGAAGUUCAAAUUUGACCUGUGUCAUCAGAAACAGCCUCCUCGACCUGGAAAAAGAAUCAACCAUCCACAUAACAAAUCACCUCUUCCCCAAAAUAUCAUCCUGGAUAGUAGCUCUAUGUUUUUCCCUAAUGGCUGUGGUUGGAUUUUCUAUAUUUAUUUUUUACCUACUGAACAAAUACAGAAAGCUGGACACUGAACUGAAUUGGAGGAACAUGGUGAUGCCAAUAGAAAAAGCAAACAUAGUUCUGGAUCCAGAAACAGCCAACCACGACCUGAUCCUGUCUGCCGAUCAAAGAACUGUCAUACAGGGAUUCAUGUGGCAGAGCCUACCGUACAGUCCUAAAAGAUUUAAUAUGGAGCGCUGCGUCCUGGGAAGUGAGGGAUUUUCCUCCGGAAAGCAUUAUUGGGAAGUAGAAGUUGGAGAGGAUGGGUACUGGGCCUUGGGAGUGGCGAGAAAUUCCAUGAAGAGGAAGGGAAAGCUCAUCCUUGUCCCAGAAGAAGGAAUCUGGGCAGUGGGAAAGGAUCGGAUCCAAUACAAAGCUCUCACUCUACCCAAGAUCCCCCUGAUUCUGAAGAAGAAGCCCAGGAAACUAGGGGUUUACUUGGAUUAUGAGAUGCAACUAGUUGCCUUUCAUGACGUCAAUCACCAAACACAUAUAUUCACCUUCUUCUCAGCCCCAUUCAAUGGGGAAGCAGUCUUCCCCUUCUUUUACGUAGGGGUAGGGUGCUGGCUUAGAAUGUGUCCUUGGUGACUUUCCUUUAAGGGAGAUUCAGUCAGAAAAUUAAACACCGUACACUUAUCCUUCACAUUCUGUGACUGGCCCUAGCACUAGCCAGAGACAGGCAGUUCAUUUUCCAUAUCAUGCGAGGGCUGUAAAUAGUCGUAUAUGGAUCACUUCUCCUUACUGUAGCUUUACAAUCAUGGAGAAGGAGAAACGUGGGGUCUUGACUAAGCGGGAGGAUAUCACUCACCUCAAGCAAGGAAAAGUUGGGGGACAGCCUUUUCUAUAUCUUACUUACCUCCUGCUGAUUUAUCUCAAGUUGUUUCCUCUACUUCUGACCCCCUGAAUCUUGGAAGCAGAUCAGGAAUGGAGAAACAACCCUGGAGUGAUAGACUAAGGUAGUACAUGUGUGUUAUAAGUGUAUUAAGUGAGGGGGGAACAACAUUUUUGGCAAUUUUGGGAUUACACUCUUAAAAAAAAUUUUUUUCAGUCUAUAUGAGAUUGACAUUUUAGGUGGAAUAUGGUAGCGACAUGGUGAGGAGUGGGAGAAUUGUUAAGCCUUUAUUUUUCUUUUUUCAGGUUUGCUUUUAAAAUAGAAUACUGUAUUAAUGCAACGGGAGGCUUAAUGCAACUACCCUGAAGCUUGCGUAUUUAAAAAAAAACACCAUGAAAAAUCUUGUUCUUAUAAUUUAGCGAACUAGGGCUGGGUUUGGGAAGCGCUAUUUGGAUAGCUCUGGAAAUAAGACAGAGAGAAGCAGGGUGAACAGCAUGUAGCCCACAGCAUGUAGCCCUCUCAUGAGCAAAGGGAAGGGAAUGCGUAGGGUGGAAAGGCAAAAACGGCUACAGGUAGCCCUCACUUAGCAACCAUAUCUGGGACUGGCAACUCUAUCGCUAAGACCAGGGGUCCUCAAACUUGGCCACUUUAAGACUUGUGGACUUCAACUCCCAGAAUUCCCCAGGCUUAAAGUGGCCAACUUCGAGGACCCCUGGCUAAGACGAAUGAAGGCGAAUACAUGUGUCUCAGGAUAAUGUUGCAGGAUCCAAUCUGGGUCAGUCACGGGGAGCCGUGGGUUCAGACUCAUGCUGGAGCCCAUCCUCAGGAAACUUCUCUCUAGCAGAGUGUGUGCGUUGGGCUAUUCUGUGUGUAGUAUUUAGAUGGUGACUGUUGUAGGUGGCUUUUUAGGUGUGGAUUGGGGUGUUGAUAGCUGGCUAUUAAGUUGUUGGCUAUUGUUCCCUUGGGCCCAUCGCUAAGUGCAAGGAUCAUUAAGUGAGACAUCCCAUGAUCACAAUUUGUGAUUUUACUCCUUGCUUAUUUCUGCUUGUUGGAAACCAGUUAUGAAUCUAUGUCAAUGGCAAUCAUGAAGCUGCAGGAUGCUGCGAUGGUCAUAAAUGUAAGAAUUAGUCACAAAACUGGGGUUUUGUUUUACGCUAUCAUAUAACUUUGAAUGGUCGCUAAAUCAAACAGUUGGUAAGCAAGAACUGUUUGCACUGAAAUGACAGAAUAGUUGCCUGCAUGCAAGCACAUUGCUAUAAGGUUGAAAACAGUUUCCUUCUCUCAGACAACUCCAUUUUGGGGGCACUCCUUCUGUUAAUGCCCCUCAUCCUGUCCCAAGCUGGAGCUGAGUGAGAACAGGAAACUAGGUGAUUUACAUACUGAGUGCUGUUUUAGAGAAAAACAAGAUUAAGCUUCAUGGGGAAUUUGUAGAAUCCUUUGUAUCUGAUCAGUUCUCUCCUCUAAGGAGAGUGUGAGCCAAUUUGGUGAUGGAAGCUCAAAAUAUCAAUGGAAUUUUUCUUAGCAAUUUUUAAAAGCAAGGGACUUCUAGUGAAGAAUUGCUGAACUGAAGUUGGAUCCAUUCUCAGCAACAACUGUAGCAGAAUAAAGAGCCAGGGAGUAGACCAGCUCUUAGUACUUCCUUUCUGGACAAAGAAUGGACUAGAGAUAGCCCAUAAUUGCUUCUUGUGAGAAGGCCCCAAGACAACAGUCUCUGGGGGGUUUAGAAGGGGUCUUCAAACUUGGCCCUUUUAUGAUUUGUAGACUUCAUGCCUGGCUGAGUAAUUCUGGGAGUUGAAGUCCACAAGUCAUAAAAAGGCCAAGUCUGAAGACCUCUGAUUUAGAGCUCUAGGGAGGUGGAGGAAAGUCAAUUUUGCUCAAACUCUGGUCAUUGCUUUUAAAAGAAUAGUGGGUUUGCAUAGUUCCUUUUCUCAUCACUUUUGGAAAUUGUUAACUGCUUUUCAGCUAUUAGGAAUCUUUGGAUCAGCAAGUUUUAUAGCAUUGGGUAAGUUUCCUUCAAUCCUUAAAGAAAGGAGUUUUAAAUACAAGUCUAGGAAUUAAGUAUUUUGGAAUAAACAAAAAAAGGGGUAAUUGGAACUUUUUUGGGAAAGUUACAAAUUGACUAAGGGUUCGGAUAGUUUAGAAAUAAGAUUUUGGAAUUUAGUUAUAGGAAUUCUUCCUGUGGAAAAAUGCAUUUUAAAUUCUCUUAAAAACAUGAUAAAUCAAAGGAGUCACCUGAAUAACUUUUCUAUACUGAAUUUACAAAAGACUUAUUAAAGUUUUGAAAAAUUUUGUGAAAAGGGAUAAAAUAAAAAAUAUAAGAAAUCAACUUCUAGGACACUUUUUGAAAGGACUAAAGAUAGAGAUUGUUAAAAGUAAAAGGAAGUUGAUUGUUUAAUUAAUAUUAAAAUAGUUGUGUUAUUA